AUGGAGCGUAGCGAGCUGCAGCAGCUGCAGCAGCAGCGGCAGCCGGCGAGGCCCCGUUUCCGCCGCAGCAGCGGCAACAGCAGCAGCAGCAAGCUGCUGAAGCGGGGACGGGCAAGACCUUCCCUGCUGCAGCAGUCUUCUCUGCCAGCAGCAGCAGAUGCUGCUGUUUCUGCUGCUGCUGCUCCAGCAAAGGGAUUCUCCUCAAGACUUGCUGCAGUGAAUGGAGAAGAUACAGAUGGGGGCCCCCCGAAGACCACUGGGGGGCCCUCACAGGGUACAGGGCCCCCCAAUAGACUAGUGUACCCUUUUGCAGAGAUAGAGAAGAGAUGGGUAGAUUAUUAUGCGAAUAAAUGCGAAGAAUAUUCUCCUCCUUUACCACCAGACGAAGACGACGACAGCAGCAGCAGCAGCGACAGCAGCAGCAGCAGCGACAGCAGCAGCAGCGACAGCAGCAGCAGCGACAGCAGCAGCAGCAGCAGCAGGAAGUAUUAUAUAUUAUCUAUGAUUCCUUAUCCAUCAGGUAGCGGGCUACACAUGGGUCAUUGUUAUACAUACACCAUAGCUGAUGUAGCAGCAAGAUAUAAACGUUUGCUGCUGCGCUCCUUAAUGAUUAAGGAUCAAGCAGCAGCAGCAGCAGCAGCAACAGCAGCAACAGCAGCAACAGGAACAACGGCAGCUAAUACUACUACUACAGCAGCAGCAAUAACAACAGCAGCACCUUCAUCAUCAUCCUCAUCACCUCCUGCAGCAGCAACAACAACAGCACCAACAGCAGCAGCAGCUGCUGCUGCAGCACCAUCACCAGCAGCAGCAGCAGCAGCAGGAGCAGCAGGAAAGAAGCCUCCUAUACCUUUAGUAUUACAUUGUACCGUAUUAGCGAAUGAAGAAUUAACCCCUGAGGGUUUAAGCGAGAGAGGAGGGUUUGCAGUAGAGCGUCGUUUAUUACGUCAAUGGCAUUUACGUCUGAGGCAAUUAAAUUAUAAAGAUGUACUGCUGCUGUCGCCGCAGCAGCAGCAGCAAAUUGCUGCUCCUCUUGUUGCUGCAGGAUUAAUACCUUUUUCUCCAGUAAAUAUACCAACAACAACAACAGCAGCAGGAACAGGAACAGGGAAAGCAGCAACAUCAGCAGAAACAGAUGCAGCUGCAGCUGCAGCAGCAGCAGCAGCAGCAGCAGCAAAGGAGGAAGCAGAUAAAUGGCUUGCUGCCAGCAGCAGCAAGAAAGAAAUAAUUCGUUAUAAAUUAAAAGAUUGGGUAUUCAGUAGACAAAGAUAUUGGGGGGAACCGAUCCCCGUGCUGCGCUGCCGCAGGAGAGUACCUCGUGCAGCAGCAGCAGCAGCAGCAGCAGCAGCAACAGGAGCAGCAGCAGCAGCAGCAGCAGCAGAAGAGGAUAUUAUAGAGGAGGUAAUACCCCUUCAUGAAUCACAACUUCCUCUUAAUCUUCCUCCUUACCGUCCUGACCUAGCUGCAUACACCCCAGCAGCAGCAGCAGCAGCAGCAACAUCAGCAACAGCAGCAGGAGCAGCAGGAGCAGCAAAAGGAGAAGCAGCAGCAGCAACAGCAGCCGCAGGUUCCUCUGAGCCAAUUGCUGCAUUAAGUCGUUAUGAAGAUUGGGUACGAGUAGACCCUGCCCAACUAGCAACCCUAACAAUGGGGGCCCCUGGGGGCCCUCUUGGGGGCCCCCAAGGGGCCCCCCUCCUGGAUGAAAAAAAAAAGGGUACAAUUGUAGACGUAAGGAGGGAAACGUUAACAAUGCCUCAAUGGGCAGGAAGUAGUUGGUACUGGCAGAAAUGUUUAGUAGAUAUGGGUAUUAGCUGCUGCAGCGAACCCUUUAGGUGUCUCCUUACCCCUGGGGUAAUACUGGGGGCCCCCCGUCAUUUCUUAUUAAGAAGGAAGGACACGGGGGCCCCUGUUCCUGCUGCUGAGUGCCAACUAUACCCUGGUGCUCUUGCUAAACUUACUGCAGCAGCAGCAGCAACAGCAACAGCAGCAGAAGAGGAGGACGAAGAAGAAGCAGAAGAAGAAGAAGAAGAAGCAGCAGCAGCAACAGCAGCAAGGGGAGAAGAAGAAGCAGCAACAACAAAAGAUACAUCAACAGCAUCAGCAUUAGAUGCUGCUGCUGUUCGUGCUGCUACUGCAACAGCAGCAGCAGCAACAGCAACAGCAGCAGCAGCAGCAGCAGCAGCAGCAGGAAUACCUUGUGGUAUACAUCGUCCCUCAGGUAUAGAAGUAUUAGGAGAAGAAAUAAAAAAUAAUUCUCCUUUUAUUCAGCAAAUUAACGAAAAAAAAUGGGCAUAUGUGCCUGCUGCUGCUGCUGCAGCAGGAGCAGCAGCAGCAGCAUCUGUUGCUCCUGCUGCUGCUGCUGUUCCUGCUGCUGCUGCUGGUGUAGAUGAAUAUAAAUCAACAAAUAAUAACAAAAAAACAACAACAGCAGCAACAGCAGCAACACAAUCACCGCCAGAAUCAGCAAGAUCAGCAGCAGCAGCAGCAGCAGCACCAACAGCAACAGCAGCAACAGCAGCAGCAACAGCAGCAGCACCAAUAGAACUAUUAACUAUAUUAGAUAAAAUGUCUAAAUCUAAGAAGAAUGGUGUAUCUCCUUCUUUAUUAAUAAAUAAAUAUGGUGGGGAUGUGCUGCGUAUACACCUCAUGUCCUUAGGUGCAGCAGCAGCAGCAAAAGUAUGGCAGCAAACAGGUAUACAGGGAGCAGCAAGAUUUAUACAGAGGGUAUAUAAUAUGGUCAUUAAACAGAAAAAGAAUAGCAGCAGCAGCAGCAGCAAGGGCAGCAGCAAGUGCAGCAGCAGCAGCAGCAGCAACAGCGGGAGCAGCAGCAGUGAUAGUUGUGAUAGUAGCAGGGAUAGCAGCAGCAGCAGUAGCAGCAAGAGCAGCAGUGGAGUAGACUCUGCUGCUGCUGCUGCUGCUGCUGCUGCAGCAGCAGCAGCAGAUGAUGAUGAUGAUGAUGAUGGUGUUACUGUUGGUGGGGUUGCUGCUAAGCCAAUGACAGCAGCAGAACUUUUGCUGCUGCUGCCCUUAAUAAAAAAAGUAAAUAAAUGCAUAGAACGCAUGCAAGUUAAUAGGGCUGUUGCUGCUCUUAUGGAGGGAAGCAGGCAGCUGCAGCAGCUGCAGCAGCAGCAGAUAGAUCAUCAUCAACAGCAGCAGCAGCAGCAGCAGCAACAGCAGCAGCAGCAAGAUGGGCAGCGACAGCAGCUGGUGCAGCAGCAUAACCAUAACCAGCAGAAUCAUCAGGAGAAGAAGAAUCAGCUGCAGCAACAAGAGCAGCAGCAGCAGGUGCAGCAGCAGGAGCAGGAGCAGCAAGAGGGUACAUUAUCUGUUGCAUGCAUAAAGGUGCUGCUGCUGCUGCUGCAUCCUUUUGCUCCCUUUAUAACAGAAGAGUUAUGGAGGAGAGCAGCAGCAAAAUAUCCGCAAGAAUUCUCCUUCCCUAAGGAGACUAUUGCUGCAGCAGGAGAGUGGCCGGAUUUGCUGCUGCUGCAGCAGCAACAGCAGCAGCAAGGGCAGCAGCAGCAGCAGGAUGCAGCAGCAGCAGCAGCAGCAGCAGCAGCAGGAGACGAGGAACUUGUUGAGGUGUCUGUACAGAUAGAUGGUAAAUAUAAGCUGUCUAUACACCUGAAUAAAAAAGAUUUGCUGCUGCAGCAAACGCAUGCACAGCAGCAAAUGCAUGCAGCAGCAACACAAUCUGCUGCAGUGCAGCAGCGGCUGCAGCAGCAAACAGCAAAAGGGAAGACACUAAAAGAACUCUUGCUGCUGCCCCAUAAACGAAUCAUUAAUUUUAUUUAUAAUUAA